AUGAAAGAUCCAAUAGUUCCCACUACUUCAAAAGUGUCAGAUCCAUUGAAGAAAGAGAUUAAUCCAACUUUUUUCAAGUUUGAUCCUAAUCAUUCAUAUAGUGAAGAAGAUGAUAAAACUUACGUUUAUAAUAGUUCACAAAUAAGUAUAGAUGAGGAAGAAAUAGAGGAAGAAGAAGAAGAGGUGAUAGAAGAUACCGAUGACACAAGUAUAGAUAAAACAAUAGAGAUUGAACAAAAAUCGGUUGAAGUUAAACAGGUUACGGUUCGUCAAUUUUUGACCAAACAUGAAAUUCCAAGAAAGGUAUUCCAUUCAUCAAUUGGUAUUUUAACAUUAUAUUUAUAUACUCAAGGAGUAAAAAUACCUCAGUUAUUCAUUCCAUUAUUUACUGCUUUUAUGGGUGUGCUUAUUAAUGAUUUAAUAAGAUUAAAUAAUCCCGAAAUUAAUAAAAUUGUGACUAAAUAUAUGUGGUUUAUAAUUAGAGAUAAAGAAAUCAAUUCAUACAACGGGACUUUAUAUUAUUUAGCUGGUGUAUUAAUUGUAUUAUAUUUAUAUCCAAAGGAUAUUUCAGUAUUGAGUAUUUUAUUAUUAAGUUGGGCAGAUACUUCUGCAUCUACAUUUGGUAGAAUGUACGGAAAAUAUACAUUUCAAAUAGGGAAAGGUAAAUCAUUUGCUGGAAGUUUAGCAAGUUGUAUCACUGGCAUAAUCACAAGUUAUAUAUUUUAUGGAUAUUUCAUACCAAAUUAUAAUGUAAACCAACCUGGUGAUAUUUAUUGGAGUCAAGAUUCAAGUUAUUUAAGUAUUCACAUUUAUUCAAUUGUAGUUGGAUUGGUUGCUAGCUUUUCCGAAUUUAUUGAUUUUUUUAAUAUUGAUGAUAAUUUUACAAUCCCGGUUUUAAGUGGUACGUUAUUAUGUUUAAUUGUUGGAUGGGCUCAUAAAUAG